UGACACAAACUGAUUGUGCAUACAAUCAAUCUCACUUCUUUCACCAACAAUCAUGCCGGUUCACUUGGCUAUUUUACUGUUAGUAAUGCAAUCAAUAUUUAUGAAAACUGCAUUAACGAUGCCACCACGAGCCCCAAUACUACAAUAUUUCAACAAAACUCCAGCGAGGAGCGAUAAAAGCCUAUUGGACCGUGAAAUACCGGACGAUGUCAUUUACGAUCUGGCUGGUAGAAUGAAGCUGAUAACUCGCGAUGGCGUCACAGACGAAUACAAGGUUUACAAUGUGAACAGAGAUAAUCGUGGAGUUCCUAUCGUUAAAGACCCCGUCACUGGACAUGAUUACGUUGUGAAGCACAGCCGAAUCACCAAAGGUGUCAAGAUAUACAGGAAAAUAUUGGACACGACUGGUGAACCAGUGGUUUAUGACUGGGCGAAUAUGACAAUGAACCAAAUAAAAAUAAAUAACCACGGAGAAGUUGAAUUGGUACCAAUUGAGAGCGAAGACUUAGAUUCAAAGUUUGAUGAUUAACAGAGAUACCGUACCUAUUUAAAGGACAAUUUUAAAAACCAAGAUUACCAAAUUUUUUAUGGUAGAGAACAUGUUGAUUUUGAAUCUGAAAAGUUAAACGUACAGAAAAUAAUAUUGAACCAUAAUAUUAAAAUAUUGUGAAUAGGCAAUACGUUACAUUUCUCACUGACUCUAUUCAUUGUACUUGUACAUCUUAUACAUUUAAAACAAAGUCAUGUUGCCACACCACUUAUAACUCAAAAACAGAUGGACCGAUUUUAAUAAUUUUUUAUUUGUUGGAUUCGUCUUUGUCUCGAUUAACAUAUAGGCAUAUUCAGUUUUGAAUUUAACCUUAGGGAUAAGCCCCACUGGCCUGUAAAGUUUGUAUGUUAAGCUUAUGGAGCUAUUGGAAGAAUGUAAAUAAACAAAAAUAUUAAUUGAAGCCAGCUGUAAAUACUUUAAUUUGACAGUUCAAAGAGCAGAGGUUAAG